AUGAGUUUCAAGGCUUGUGUUCCUCUUGUUAGUCACAAGGAUUUGGAACCAUACAUUCAGCGGAUUGUGGAUGGUGAUGCUUCCCCAAUUCUUACCGGAAAACAAAUAACGUGUAUCUCAUUAAGUUCUGGUACUACUCAGGGAAUGCCCAAGUUUGUCCCUUUUAAUGAUGAAUUGACGGAAUCCACAAUGCAGAUAUUUAAGACAUCUUUUGCGUUUAGAAACAGAGAAUUUCCAAUUGGCAAUGGCAAAGCCUUGAAUUUUAUCUACAGUAGCAAGCAGUUUAAAACAAAGGGGGGUCUGGCAGCAGGAACUGCUACUACAAAUGUGUAUCGUAGUUCAGAGUACAAGAAAACAAUGAAGGCAAUGCAAACCCCAUGUUGUAGUCCCGAUGAAGUGAUAUUUGGCCCCGAUUUUCACCAAUCCUUAUACUGCCAUCUUCUUUGUGGACUUAUUUAUUGGGAUGAAGUUGAAGUUAUUUCCUCUGCUUUUGCGCACAGCAUCAUCCAGGCCUUCCGAACCUUUGAACUAGUUUGGGAAGAACUAUGUACUGAUAUCCAUGAUGGGGUCCUAGCCAGCCAAGUUACUGUGCCAUCCGUCCGGACAGCUAUGUCGAAGCUGCUAAAGCCAAACCCUGAAUUGGCGAGUAUGAUCCAUAAAAAGUGCAUGGGAUUAAGUAAUUGGUAUGGUUUAAUACCAGCUUUAUUUCCCAAUGUGAAGUAUAUAUAUGGAAUCAUGACUGGAUCAAUGGAACCCUAUUUGAAAAAAUUAGGCCAUUAUGCUGGGAAGAUACCCUUGCUGAGUGCAGAUUAUGGGUCUUCUGAAGGGUGGAUUGGAGCUAAUGUCAACCCAAAUUUGCCUCCUGAGUUAGCCACUUUUGCAGUGCUUCCUAAUAUUGGUUAUUUUGAAUUUAUUCCUCUGAGGGAUAAUGGUCAGGGUCCGAAACUAAAUAAAGAUGAGUCCCUCUUUCUCUCAGUGGAGCCUGAUCCAGUUGGUCUGACUGAAGUCAAGGUUGGCGUAGAGUAUGAGAUAUUGGUCACCAAUUUUGCAGGUUUAUAUCGUUAUAGGUUGGGAGAUGUGGUUAAGGUAAUGGGCUUCCACAACUCGACCCCAGAACUCCAUUUCGUUUGCAGGAGAAAUCUUCUACUCAACAUUAACAUUGACAAGAACACAGAGAGAGAUUUACAGUUGGCUGUGGAAGCAGCAGCCAAGCUUUUAGCUGAAGAAAAGCUAGAAGUGGUCGAUUUCACGAGCUGGGUCGACAUGUCCACAGAACCUGGCCACUAUGUCAUCUUCUGGGAGGUGAGUGGUGAAGCAAGUGAGGAAGUUUUGAAGCAAUGCUGCAAUUGUUUGGACGGAUCAUUUGUUGAUGUAGGGUAUGUGAGCUCUCGCAAGGUCACAACCAUUGGGGCACUGGAGCUCCGAGUCGUGAAGAGAGGUACCUUCCAUAAGAUUAUAGAUCAUUAUGUAGGAUUAGGGGGUGCUGUUAGCCAGUUCAAAACGCCUCGAUGUGUCGGGGCCAGUAAUAGUAGAGUCUUGCAGAUACUUUGUAACAAUGUUGCCAAGAGCUACUUUAGUACUGCUUUUGGUUGAAUUUGAGACAAAUACCCUUUGUUUGGUGAUUUCAAACUCUUAUUCAGUCUGUCUAGGUCUGUUUUGAUAAAUUCAUUAGGAAUAAAAUAAAUACUUCAACUUCGUACUA